CGACGACGACAACGACAACGACGGCGAGCAGAGUGUCCCGGAUUGUCUUCUUUUCGACACAGCACCCCGCUCUCAGAGCAGACCAUCCAUCUUCCCACCCCUGAUUCCGCCCGCCGCAGCCAUGGAUGCCGCCGGUGCCGCCGGUGCCGCUAACGACUACUCUCUCCAUCGGCUUGUGUUCCUCGACAACACCAGCGGCCUCAAAGACGCUCUUGAGGCGCAGAAACCCCAUCCAGGAGUCGAUGUUCUGUUCAGGGGGCAAACGCCACUCACUCUCGCUAUCGCUCUGGGCCGCAAGGCGUGCGUCCAGCUUUUGCUGGAUGGCGGCGCCAGCGUCAUGCUCAAGAACUCUCAAGGAUGGGAUCCUUUCCAGGAGGCCAUCAGCUACGGCGACCGAGAGACCAUCCGGUCCGUGUUUCUGAAGCGAAGGGAGUACUUCCAGCUGUGGUUCGAGGACAAGGGCAAGAAGCUGCUGCAGGAUCUCUCGACGGACAUCAAAGACUUUUACUUGGAGAUCCACUGGCAAUUCAAGAGCUGGGUGCCGUUCCUGAGCUCGUUUUGUCCGUCCGACACUUACAAAAUCUACAAAAAGGGUACUUCGGUCCGGGUCGAUACCACCCUGGUCGGAUUCGAGGGAUUCUCGUGGGUGCGGGGCAAGCUCUCGAUCAUAUUCUUCGGCGACAGUGACAAUGGAGAGCCGCGAUUGGUGAUCUGCGACCGCGAGCGCAAGGUCGUCCAGCAGCUCUACCCGCGAGAUGUGGCCAUCUCCGAGAAGGAGAUUGAAGAGGAAAUCUCGCUUGGACUCAAUAGCCCACAGUUUUCCGCGCCCGACGUCGACAUCCAGGGAUUCAAGUUCUCCCGUGCCCAAACCGGAUUCUGGAACAAGUGCGACCGAAACGAGCGUGUCGGUUUCUAUGAGACCCAGGUCUGGAAUCUCAACCAGUUCCAGGUUCACACCAUGAAGCGCACCGAGCAUCUCGAUGCCAACCCCAAGCCCAGCAAGCACGCCCGGUCUCCGGCCGAUAGCUGCCCUCCACAGCACGAGCUGGAGGACAUGCGCCUCGACAGCGAAGAGACGAUUGCCGAUGCACCUGAAGAGACCGAGGUCGUCAACUAUAUCGCCAAGGUUGCCCGGACCUCGAUCGAGCUGGCGCGGGACGACGACGGGCUGGACUGGAGCAACAGCCACAAGGUGCUGGCAGGAUCGACUCCGCAGAUUCCGUACCGGCCCUCGCUCGAUCCACCAGAGGACGCCGUCCAAAUGUCGUACCAGGAGUACUUUGAUCUCGGCAUGAAGGAUCGCUUUGUGCAUCUUGGGCGGCCGCUCAAGGUCUCGACCAACUCCAAGACCUUCAAGGCGUCGCUGUGGAUGUACGACUGCGAUUCGGAAGCCUGCCGCUACAUCGAGGACGAGAAGCAUCGCCGGAUGGAGGUCCUGGGAACGGAGUCGGAAGACGCCAGCGACGGGGCCUCCGUGCACUCGUACCGCACCUCUGAUUUUAUCAUUCCGUCGCUUCAGUCGCCCGAUUUCCCGCUGCAGGCCAAGAACAUCGAGCCCCUCUUUGAUCUGAUUGGGCUGUCCAACAACGACGACGCCCACAUUCAGUCGCUCCAGAGCUUCUUCCACUCAAAUCUGCCCAAGGGGUUCCCGGUCCAGCUCGAGAUUCCCAUUGGCAUGUAUCCGCUCUCGGCCAUGGUGACGUUCCAGAACAUCCAGACGCUCAAGGGUCGCGGCCAAGGCGACGCCGAAGGCUUUGACAUCGAUGACUCGGUAUUCGACAUUCCGGGCGAGCGGGAGGGAUACUCGGUCGGCAUCGUCAAGUCCAUCUCGGGAAUGCCGGCCGCGUGAGGGGUGUUUUGCGUGGGGUCCUCGAUAGCGGCCUUGUAGUUGUCCUGGUCCCACACAUUGCAGACACAUAUAGCACGGCGGGUCUGGAAGCUGGUGGCGAAUUAGAGAC